AUGAAGCUCAAUGGAGAGGGCACCAAGUCAGACACGCAUGCCAACAAGUUCUCGCUCUUCAACCGCGAUCUAGUUCGUCGCGAUGAACGCGAUGUAUGCAGUGCUCCAAGUUACGACCCGAACGAUGCGAAGAGAAGCCUCGAUCUUCGUGCAUUAGCCGACAAUGCUACCAUUCAUCAACGGAUGGAACUUCCUGCCCCCGGGAAUAUCAAGCCUUACAUCUUGAAACAGACGAAAGAAGCAGUACCUGUAGUCUGGCCGCAGACAACGCGAGACGGUCGAAAGAAAGAGUACGAUACAAACACUUCGGUCUUUGAGCAAUACAAGCACAGCCAGGACACAGAACUGAGCCUCGGUACUACACACUUGGUAGGCUGUACGAUGCUGAUUGUUGUCAGUCGUAAGGGUGUAUACAUAGGACAUUUCUGGGAGAGUAUAUCCUUCUAUACCGACAAGGAUAAUUCCCUUUGGGAGAAACACAAGGAGGACCAGAACAAAAUCUUUUUCGAAACCGUCAUCAAAGGCAUGAGAGAUGGGAAAGGAGUUGGGCCCACCAAGCAACAAGACUCUCUGAGAAGAGCAGCUCCUGACAUGGAUGAUCCUGAUGUAAGAGCAUACCUCAUUCGUCCCAACAAAAACGCGAAAGAAGACGGCGAUUACCGUGUAUAUUGGGAUCAGAUGAAGGAAGAAGUGUUCAAGUAUUUCCCCACCAUUAAAAACGACUCAAAACGAUGGACGGAGAGAAUCUAUGUUCCGGUGAAGAAACGCGAGAAGAACCAACUCAAGACGACUGUGCGUGGAAGGUUGCUUUUCAAAUAUGACGCCAAGCACCCCAAAGCCGGAGUAGACCCCAACGCAGCUGGCGCGAUACUUACAGAGCACCGGGCUAUGAUGUGGAGCGAAGACGAAGAGCUUCACAAUGAUGCAUGGACAUAA